AUGUCCGCUGAUAUCGGGUUCGCGAAGAGUGAUCAAUGGUCUUUGGCAAGUGAUUCAACGAAAGUCAAUAACACAUUUGGAAGCGAUGCAUCAACCAUCGUUCCCCAGUCCCGCAACUCAGGAUCAAGAUCAAGGUCGCAAACUUUGGUAUUCUCUCGCUUGGCGCCGCUGAGAGUGAACAUGCGAAUAUCUGCAAAGCACCACGAACAAGCGCCACUUUAUUUCAUACAUGUCGGAGGAAUGCUAGGUGACCAUACCGAUAUAACCAUGCACGAGGGCGUCGAUAAAACUGGCCGGGUACUCGGAAGUUGUCGAUUCAACAAAUUUCGAUCUUCAAAAAUCCACUUCAAGUUGGGUAAAGGUGAAAAUUCCACCCUCGAUCUGGUCACUCAACAUGGAUACUACCAAUGGUCGAUGCCUCGAACUUUGGAAACGAGCGACCGCAAGGAAGAUGUUGGGGAGAGAUUCUUUCUUUGGAGAAGAUCUGCCGAUCUGGAUCGGGACCCGAGAAAUGCAGAUGCUCUCAAUUUGGACUUAUGUAGUCCCGAACCUUAUGAAGUACAUGCUACAUAUGCGGGUGCAUUACCGGGGAGGGGGAAAGGGGGUGUGCUUGAGUUCAAGGAUGACUUGGGGGAGGACUUCAAGGUUAUGGCCGUUCUGACUCUCUCUGUAUUGGUGGAAAAGGCGAGACAGAAACGAGAUCGGAGUGGGGAUAAUACUGCUCGAAUGAUGGCUUUUUGGUAG